AUGUCUGGCGGGUUAUAGAUAUUCCAUGGAGCAACCAAACCUCUACGAGGUCGCCCCACGACCCCUAAUGACCAGCCUAGCCCAGAGUCAGAGUCAGCAAAGCGCCUACUGCUACAAAGACCCCUCCGCUGCUGGACCCGGAGCAGGAGGAGACCUCGGCGAGAUCUGUGAGAACGAAAACUCCAUUGACAUCAGCGCUUACAUCGACCCUGCAGCCUUCAACGACGAGUUCCUGGCUGAUCUAUUCCACAACAGCUCGAAGCAAGAGAAACUCAAGCUGGCGAACAGUGAGUACGAAUCCUACCCCCACGGGGUGAGUUCUGGCUCGGGGGCGCACCACCACCAACAGCAGCAGCAGCAUCAGCAGCAGGGCUAUGGUUGUAUUCCCGGGUAUAUGGACACAUCUAAACUUGAACCCAUUUACGAUAACCAGUCCACGAGAAUCAGACCUGUGGCGAUAAAGCAAGAGCCCAGAGAAGAAGAUGAAAUGAGCCAUUCUAUGCCUCCAACCUACCACCAUUCCCACCAGCAUCUGCCACAGCACCUAUCCCAUCUUCAGUACCAGAUUGCGCACUGCGCGCAGACGACCAUGCAUCUCCAACCGGGACACCCGACGCCUCCACCGACGCCCGUCCCGAGUCCACACCACAGGGACGGCAGCAUGUCCUCCGUUGGAUCCAUGAAGAUGAUGGGACGCGACGACCGAGACCGAGACCGAGACCGGGGUAAAUCCAAAAAACGCGUCGACAAGGCCAGCACGGAGUACCGGUUGAGGCGGGAGAGGAACAACGUCGCGGUGAGGAAGAGUAGAGACAAGGCGAAAAUGCGCAAUGUUGAGACGCAGCAUAAAGUGAUCGAGCUGGCGUCGGACAACGAAAGACUGCGGAAGAGAGUGGAACAUCUUACCCGAGAACUGGACACGUUAAGGGGCAUCUUCAGACAACUUCCCGAUGGAUCUUUCAAACCAUUGGCCAACUGCCAGUGAACACGGACUAUAGUAGCUUUUACAUUGGGGACUUUUAAACACUUACUUGUACACGUCUCCUGGAUAUAGCCUACACGCUAUAGAUUGAUCUGACAGAUUGUGACUACAACAGUUUGUUUCUUCAGGAGAGACAGGGCAGCUGAGGUAUACACGCCUUCUGUACUUUAAACAAUAAGCUCAUUUCUCCACGUUUUAACAGUGGACCUGUGUUGUUUUUGUGUGUGUGUGUGUGUGUGUGUGUGUGUGUGCGUGCGCGCGUGUGUGCCUUUUUAUUAUAUAACAUUGUGUGUUUAGCCACGCAAAAACAACAUAUCAGUGCAGCUGAAGGAACAGGGGCAUGAUUUUCACAAUAAUCACUAGCCUGCUCGAUGUUCAUGUUUUAACGUUAGCAUCUCAAUACCAUGUUCUUGUCUUACUAAACUAAACAUGUGUGCAUUUGAC